AUGGAAGCAACCAGAUUCUCCCCUAAUCACUUCCACCCACACUCCUUCCAAACGAAACCCAAUGCACUCAGAGAAAGAAGAUACGUAAAAUGCAUCAACGGAAUUGGUACUAGGGUUUCGCUUUUCACGUUUCCCGCAUUCAGCACAAGGAUUUAUCCUUCUCAUUACCGGUCUCUUUCUGUUAACUUCUCCGACCGGCUCCGAAGUGAUUAUGCGCGCGUCGAGGCUCCGAAGUAUGAGCUUCCGAAGGAGGAGGUUGUUCCUGCGACUCACGGAGGGGAAGCGGCUGUUGCGUUGGAUCCGGGGGCUGAUGACUCGGUAACCCCGCAAUUGAAACCUGUAAUGUUCAGAAACAGGUUUCUGAACUUUGUGCGGUUGGGUUCUGUGAUUAACGGUGCGGCUGAAUCGUUUUUCAAGAGCGAGAUUAGGAGGAGGUUGUUCGUGACGGCGGUGCUGAUUGUGAUUAGUCGCGUUGGUUAUUUUAUUCCUCUUCCGGGGUUUGACAGAAGGUUGAUACCGGAAGAUUAUUUGAGCUUUGUGUCAGGAUCAUCUGUUGAUGAACUUGGUGACUUCUCUGCUGAGCUCAAGUUAUCUAUUUUCCAGCUUGGAAUCAGUCCUCAGAUAAUAGCGUCCAUUAUUAUGCAGGUACUCUGUCAUGUUGUCCCUUCGCUAGUAAAACUACGAAAAGAAGGGCUGGAUGGGCAUGAGAAGAUUAAGAGUUAUAUAUGGUGGAUGUCAUUUGGCUUUGCAAUUUUGGAAGCUUUAAUAGUUGCAUGCUACUCACUUCCAUAUUCAAUUUAUGCUUCUAGUUAUAGGGUCAAGCAUGUAAUGGUGACAUCGCUUUUAUUGGUUUGUGGUGCAAUGACUAUUACAUGGAUAUGUGAUACUAUAUCAGAAUCUGGAUUUGGUCAAGGCUCGUCUCUAAUCAUAUGCGUGGGCAUACUUACGGGGUAUAUGGAAACAUUAUACAAAAUGCUUACUCAGCUUUCAGUGAGCGCUGUGAGCUGGUGGCCAUAUGUGCUUGCAGUAUUGGGUAUCUUCACUACAGUCACUAUGUGGGCAGUUGUAGUAACGGAAGGUUGCAGGAAAGUAAAGCUGCAGUACUAUGGUUUUAAACUUGCUUCUGCUGCAAGAGAGCAAUCACCUAUUACUGAAGUGGAGCCCUAUAUCCCUUUCAAUAUUAAUCCAGCAGGGAUGCAACCUAUUCUUACCACCUCUUACCUCUUGGCACUUCCAAGCAUUCUUGCAAGUCUGCUGAGGUCACCUUUUUGGGAGCAUGUCAAGGAAAUAUUGAACCCUGAAACUUCUGUUGGUGCUGAGCCAUGGGUUUACUAUUCCAUAUAUGCUUUUUUUGUCUUCCUGUUCAAUAUAUUUGAUAUUGCUAACAUGCCAAAGGAAAUCGCUGAUUAUUUAAAUAAGAUGGGUGCGAGAAUACCAAACAUAAAGCCUGGGAAGGCUACCAUAGAGUACCUCACCAAGGUCCAGGCAUCCACACGAUUUUGGGGCGGCCUACUGUUAAGUGUUCUGGCCACUACAUCAAGUGUUCUCGACCACUAUUUGCGGCGUAUCAAUGCUGGGUUUGCUAUUGGUUUUACAUCAGUUCUAAUUAUUGUUGGUUCCAUUAUUGAACUCAGAAGAUCAUAUCAAGCAUAUAAUGUGAUGCCAAGCUUAAGCAAUGCCUUGAGACGAUAUGGUGUAUAA